AUGUUCGCCGUCUCCUUCUGGGGCUACGACCUCGGCAAACAAAUUGUCGGCGCCGUCUCGCCCAUUGGCCCCGACGGCCUAUCGACCGGCCAGCUCGCCGCCGCGGGCUUCCUCUCCGCCAUCCCCAUGACGGCCAUCACCGCGCCCUUUGAGCGCGUCAAGGUGAUUCUCCAAGUCCAGGGCCAGAAGCAGCUCGCGCCGGGCGAGAAGCCCAAGUACAGCGGCGGCCUCGACGUCGUGCGCCAGCUCUACCGCGAGGGGGGUCUGCGCUCCGUCUUCCGCGGCAGCGUCGCCACGCUCGCCCGCGACGGGCCCGGCAGCGCGGCCUACUUUGCCGCCUACGAGGUCAUCAAGAAGGCCCUCAGCCCCAAGGAUCCCGUCACCGGCAAGCCCACGGGGCAGCUGAGCCUCACGGCGGUGACGUGCGCUGGUGCCGGCGCCGGCGUGGCCAUGUGGAUCCCCGUGUUCCCCGUCGACACGGUCAAGUCCCGCCUGCAGACGGCUGAGGGACAUGUCAGCAUCGGGGGCGUCAUCCGCGAGCUCUAUGGCAAGGGAGGGUACAAGGCUUUCUUCCCUGGCUUUGGACCGGCGCUGACGCGUGCUGUGCCGGCGAAUGCGGCGACGUUUUUGGGGGUUGAGCUGGCGCAUCAGGCUAUGAACAAGAUGUUUGGGCCGAAAUGA